UCAAGUGCUAACUUUGAUCCUGUUUGCAAAUAUGCGUGCCACAUGAAUCAUCAAUAUACUCAACCUCAACUCCGGAAAUUCUCUCUCACGGAAUGUCUUCCAUCAUAGAUGGUUGGAACGGUGGGGAAAAUGUUCGCUUCUCUUGACGACGCGUCGUGGUAUCACGGUCGAAUCACACGGGAUCAAGCGAUUGAAAUCUUGCUUCAGAAUGGCAGACAAGAGGGACUGUUCCUUGUCAGAAAUAAAGCUGGUGGAUCAGAAGACAACUUUGUUUUGUCCCUAUGGCAUGGAAAUCAGGCGCUUCAUUUUCAAAUACAGUCUCGCGGAGGGAUUUAUUAUUCCAUAGACGAUGGACCGAGUUUUGAGGGUUUGGAUUCGCUGAUCGAAUACUACAGAGAACAGGCGGACGGUCUACCGAUUAGACUUACUCAGUUUUGUCAGGGGAAUCCGCCCCCUGCUUCAUGUAGAAAACAUGGAGUGACAACUCCACUUCAUCUUGCUUGUGCAGAGGGUAAUUUCAAACUCGUAUUGGGUUUGCUUACUGGACAGAAUCAAUCUGACAUUACUACAAGGAACGAAAACGGUGUAACGCCACUUCACGAAGCUGCGCUUCGUGGAGAUGAAGAUAUUGUCUCAAUCUUGUUAAGACAUGGUGCUGACACAAAGAGCAAAGACGAUGGUGGAAACACGCCGCUACAGGUGGCUUGCUAUGGAGGAUUUGCAACAAUUUGCUUCACACUCAUAACAGAAGGUAAAGCCGAUGUUCAGGAUCGCUCUCCUGUAACUGGCUUUGUAGCCCUUCACAUAGCAGCCUUAAAAGGUUAUGAUGAUUGCUUGAAAGUUCUACUGGAGCUUGGAGCUCCACUUCACCCUCGAUCAACAGAAGGAGACACGCCCAGAGACCUUGCAAUUAAAUAUGAUCAUUUGCAUAUUGCAGAAAUAAUUGAUAAUUAUCCUGUGCAGCCUCCAAAGACUUUGCCGAGGAUGUGGUUACAUGAAAAUUUAGGUAGACAGGAAGCCAUUGCACUAUUUAAAAAAUUUGGAUUAGUUGAUGGGUUGUUUCUUGUGCGGUUGAGCACUCGUGACCAUGGAUAUUAUGUACUCUCAGUUGCUGUCAACAGUUUGAUUUACCAUUAUCAGAUACGAAGCAGGUCUGAUAGGUGGUUCUACAUUGAUGAUGGCCCACUUUUUGAAACCCUGCCACAUGUUAUUGACCACUACAGUAGAUGCGCAGAUGGACUUCCUGUCCUUCUUAAGAUGGCUCUGCCUUCAGACGGCAACCCACCAAUUGAUAUUCAUAAGAUUCCAAUACCACCUGUAAGGAAGCGAGUACUUUUAACACCUGCUGUGAGCUCCCCUGUGCUUAAUACUUCAAGUGGUAGAUCCAUACCUGGAAGGAAUCCACUCCAAAGGGCUGGAUCAGCUGAAACCCUUCAUGCUGACCAAAGUCCUCAAAGGAGGCACCCUCCAGUGUUACAGAGAUCCAUAAGUGACGCCAAUAGCCAUCCUCCAGGCAUCAGCAAUGGAGAAAAUUUAGGUAAACCAGAAGAUAGACAACUUCUACCUCUUCCAACAAAACCUCCUCCUAGAGGGCAACGACGGCCUCCCCCACCUCUACCACAGAAUCCCAAUCCCACAAGUCCAGCCAAACCAAGUGUUCCUGUUCCACAAAGUUCUGCAAAAUUAAAUACUGUGGCAACCUCGCAAGGUCCUAUGCAGUCCACAUUGAUCAUGAAACAAUCCCUGGAACUUGGAGCUGAGCUUGGCCAGGGAGAGUUUGGUUCUGUUUUGAAAGGCAUAUGGACAGACCCCAAAGGAAACAAGGUCCCAGUGGCGUUGAAAACGUUACAUCCAGAAAAAAUUGCAUACGGAGAGCAGGAGUUUUUACGCGAGGCACGAAUUAUGUCAGGAUUGGAUCACCCAUGCAUUGUAAGACUGAUCGGAGUUUGUCUCGGACCUCCUCUGAUCUUGGUCCAAGAGUUAGUCAAGAUGGGAGCUUUACUGGACUUCCUAAUCGACUACCAAUCAGAAAUUUCCCAAAGGGACCUUAAAUUGUGGGCUGCUCAGAUAGCGUGGGGUAUGAUGUACCUGGAAAAGAAGCGCUUCGUUCAUAGGGACCUGGCAACAAGGAACAUCCUCAUGUCAACCAAACAACAGGUAAAAAUUAGUGAUUUCGGUCUGUCUCGUGCUACUGGCUCGGGAAGCGACUACUACAAAGCUUCACAAGGUGGCCGCUGGCCAGUUAAGUGGUAUGCACCGGAGUCUAUCAACUUCGGAACGUUCUCGCAUCAGAGUGACGUCUGGAGCUAUGGUGUGACACUGUGGGAGAUGUACUCGUUUGGUCAGUUACCAUAUGGUGAGAUGUCAGGGGGUGAGGUAAUACGUAUGUUGGAGGAAGACAACAAUCGGCUUGAAAGACCUGACGCAUGCCCAGAACAGACCUAUUCACUGAUGCUCCAAUGCUGGGAUCUAAAGCCGGAGAAGAGACCAACGUUUGCAGAGCUGCACAAUAUUUUCAGCACAAAUCCCUUUUAUGCCGAUGUAAAGCUGCCUUUAAAAGAUAAAUCCACGAGCUAAUCAACAGAAAUAGUAAUUGAUUCGUUGUAGGAUAAAGGAACUAAAGCAUAGAAGUGGUUUUCCAAGUUCUAGAAAUUGAAGUGCUCUUUGUAUCCCAUUUGUUGCGAAUUUAUGGUCUUGCGUGACGUGACGCUAUUAGAGACUGGCGUCAUGCAAGCCGCGUAAAAAAAAAUACAUCGCGUUAGUCUGCUAGAAUAGGAAAUCAAAUAAAUAUUUACUUCAAUGAAAAAGUAAAAACCGAAAAAAUGUUGACAGAGAAAGAAGGACAAGCCAAUGGAGUGGAGGGCCGGCUGUGCUGGCAAAAAGGAACCCAUAGACCCUGGUGGAAAAUGGUCGUCUAGUCUUCUCGCCAAAGGGGUGAAAAAAGUGUAUUUUUUUUGUUCCAAAAUCGAAGAGCUUUUAGAGCAAUAAUUUUCAGGUAGAAGUUCUGUUUCGUGCUGUGCAAACUUGAUAUCGUUCAAUUUUGAUAUUUUUAUGUUUUGAUAGUUUAACAAUUUUGCAAAGGUGUCCAAACCUGCCCUUGUGAGGAGUUAAAUUUUGUCAAAAGUUCUGAUUGACUCUGAUCCAUUUAUCUUUACAUCCAGAUGAUACAUGUUGUAGUAGUGUUUUCUCUGAAUUUUUCUUUUUAUUUCCAGGCCGUCUCUCUUUUCUUUGCAGGAAAAAGUUUAGAAACUAGAAUUAGUUUACCGCUUGGACUAGUUUAAAAUACACCUAAAAUAAUACUGAGAAUCAAAGGUGCGAAAUAAAGUGCCGAAAACGUUUUACGUGUUUGGUAAAACGUAAACCAAAUA